GUCUCCCCCCUUUUCUUUUCUCCUGCAGGUGCUCAAUACUUGCCUGUAGUGCUUAUGUGGCUCUGGCUCUGGGAGAUAACCUUAUGGCACUGAAUCAUGCAGAUAAGCUCCUCCAGCAACCAAAGCUGUCAGGGUCUCUGAAGUUUCUUGGGCAUUUGUAUGCAGCAGAAGCUCUCAUCUCUCUUGACCGAAUAUCUGAUGCCAUCACUCACUUGAACCCUGAGAACGUCACUGAUGUUUCCCUUGGGAUCUCCUCAAAUGAGCAGGAUCAAGGGUCUGACAAAGGAGAGAAUGAGGCGAUGGAGUCUUCUGGCAAGCAGACCCCCCAGUGUUAUCCCAGCUCAGUCACAUCUGCACGGACAAUGAUGCUGUUUAACCUUGGAAGCGCUUACUGCUUGCGGAGUGAAUACGACAAAGCUCGAAAGUGUCUCCACCAGGCUGCUUCGCUGAUCCACCCCAAGGAGAUCCCUCCGGAGGCUAUCCUGCUGGCCGUCUAUCUGGAGUUACAGAAUGGUAACACUCAGCUGGCGUUGCAGAUCAUCAAGAGAAACCAGCUUCUCCCUUCAGUGAAAACGCUCUCAGACAUGCGGAAGAAGCCCGUUUUCCAGCCGGUCCACUCGCUCCAGCCCAUUCAGAUGCCGACUUUCACCGCUGUGCAGAGGAAGUGAGGGUCUGUUGAGCUCACUGCUGCCCUUCCUGGGAGGGCUGGGGAUUUUGUAUAUUUUUUUAACCUCAGACAUCUGCAUACCCGGAUUGCUGGAGUGUGUUCCUUUAUGUAAAUUUUUAAUAAAACACUUAAAUGUC